AGCUGCUGCAGAUAUUUCUCAACCUCUGCUGUGUCUGUGUUGACUUUAAAGGAACUAAAGGACGCAUUGAGGGUUCUCCAAUGAUCUGCAUUCUGCUGGUAGCCGGUCACGGAACCGUGCUGGAGGCCCAGAUAAAGAAUGAUGACACAGGAUUAUACAGCCACCUGGCCGGGGUGCCGAAGGCUUUACUGCCCGGCAUCGGAGGAAAGAAGAUCCUGGACUUUUGGUGGGAAACGGUCAACAUGAGACAGCUGUUCACAGAAGUGUAUCUGGUCACUAAUGCAGACAAGUAUAAGUACUACGAGCGCUGGGCCACAGCCAACGACUUCCCGGUGGAGAACAUCGUGAACGACGGCAGCACCACGCUGGAGGACCGCCUCGGCGCCGUGGCCGACCUGGUGCUCGGCAUACGCAGCCGCAAGCUGCAGGACGACAUCAUGGUGAUCGCAGGAGACAUGCUGUGUGCAGACCAGAACUUUGACAUCGCUCAAGUCAUCCGCUUCUUCAGGUCAGAGCCCGGAGAGCUGAUCAUUUACUACGAGCUGGAAGAAAGUGAGAAAAGCAGCUCCAGAGGCAUCGUGGAGGUUUGCAGGGACACUCACAGGAUAACUCGCUUCUUGGAGAAACCGAAGGAGGGUCUGACAGAAUCCCGGCUGGCCAGCGUCGUGUUUUACUGCAUCAAGAGAGAAACGCUGUCCUACCUGUCUGACUUCCUCAACCUGCAGACUCAAGCUACAGACCGGUGCUUCGGGCGAUUAUGGGAGUGGCUCAUUAACGAGAAGCAGCUGGAUGUGUUCGGGAUGAAGCUUCCUACUGGUUUCCAGCUCAUUGGACAAGUGGGUCUGUCCGACUACACCAGGUGGCUCACCCAUUACUCCACCAAGCAACAAGACGCUCCAGCUAAACCAAUCACAUGCAGAUCGUUCGCCAGGGUUGGAUUAAUUGGGAACCCUUCAGACGGCUUCAACGGGAAAACCAUCGCCAUGUCCAUCUGUAACUUCUGGGCCGAGGUCACGCUGGUGGAGAGCCAGACUUUGGUUUUGGUCCCUCAUCCUCUCAACGACCCCACCGAGUUUGGAAGCUUGCAAGAUCUGUUCUGCAUCAGCAGGAAGGAAGGAUACCUGGGGGGUCUGCGUCUGCUGCAGGCCACCUGUAAGAAGUUCUACCAGUUCUGCUCCAAACAAGGCAUCGCUUUGACGAAGCAGAACUUCACAUUAAAGUACGACACCAACAUUCCUCGGCAGGUGGGCCUCGCUGGAAGCAGUGCCAUCGUCUCAGCCACACUGAAGUGUCUGAUGAAAUUCUACAACAUCACAGACAAUGAUCUCCCAAGGUCGAUCCGAGCCAACUUCAUCCUCAACGUGGAGACGGAGGAGCUUUUCAUCACAGCUGGUCUUCAGGACAGAGUUGUUCAGGUCUAUGAAGGUUUAGUCUACAUGGAUUUCAGCAAGAAGCUGAUGGAGGAGCAGGGCCACGGUAACUAUGUUUCUAUGGAGAUGAGCGGUCUGCCAACGUUCUGGCUGGCUUACCUGAGCGACCCGAGUGACUCUGGACGAAUCCACAGCAACAUCAGGCAGCGCUGGCUCAAUGGAGAACCUCUGGUAGUCGAGGCCAUGAAGACUUUUGCUGAGCUCACUGAUCAAGCGAGGACGGCUCUUCAGGAGAAAGACUGGCGGCGUCUGGCACAACUGAUGGACCAGAACUUUGAGCUGCGGAGGUCUGUCUACACUGAUGAGUGUCUGGGUCCUGGGAAUCUCAAGAUGGUUCAGCUGGCGAGACAGUUUGGCUCGGCGGUGAAGUUACCAGGCAGCGGGGGGGCCGUGGUGGGUCUGUGUCUGGAUGAAGCCCGACUGGUGGAGAUGAGGCAGGCCUUCCAGGAGGCCGGCUGUGUCUUCUGUGUCAUCACACCGUACGACCCGUCUGUCGGCACCGUCGGAGGCCGUCACUGACCUCACAUCUCCCCACGACACGGUCGGGUUACUGGAGGUCAAACCAGGGCCGUCGGUUGGAUGUCAUCUCAGAGACGGACAGAAAAGAAUCAUCAGUUAAUGAGGAAUGAUAUGAAAAGCCAUGGAUCAAAAAUAAUCAGGGGUUUUAAUAACUAUGUGGUGAUGUUUAUGAAUUAAAGCAGUACUGGAGGACAUUCCCCUGGUAAAAAAAAUCAGUAUUAGAGUUUUUCUUCAUUGUAUAUACACAUAAAAUGUAACUUUGUAUUGCAGUAUUACAAACUGGGCGACUGUGGUGACAUUCCUGGAGAAAGAAUGCUGUAUUACAUUUUUUCUUCAUUUUUAAACACACAAAAAUACUUCAUUACAAACUCUAAACCAACCAGGAUGGAAAUCUUCACGACCUUGUGUCAGACAUAUCAACCAAAACAAUGUGAAAAAAUGAAGUCAUUCCUUUUCUACACGUGAUGCAUUGUUGUAUAAACUCUAUAGAUAUUAUCUUUGUAUAAUUAAUGUAAUUUUUGUACUCAAAUUAAAAGCAACU